CAUCACGACUACGCAGCUUACGUCUGUGACAACAACAUAACAAGUCAAUCAUAAGGGCGGGUGGGACUGAUAUAGAUAUACCGACAUGGUGGGCUCGUUACGUAAAGAUAUAUGACAUAUGCGUAUUCAAUGAAUAUAUCGUUGUUGUUCUUUAGUCGUGAGUGUACCGGCAUCCAGAAUAGAGGCCUUGACCGCAGAUAGAAGCGAGAAUAGUUUAUUAGUUUUGUUAUAGCUUGUGUUGUAGCUAUGGCGGAAAAUGGAUUAAAGAAGAAACUUAAUAUAGCAGUGGUCGGGGGAGGAUUGGUAGGUUCACUGGAGGCACUAUAUCUAGCGAAGAGAGGACAUAAUGUGAACUUGUACGAAUAUCGGGAAGACAUACGGAACACACCACAGGUCAGAGGGCGGUCCAUAAACCUGGCGUUAUCUGUGAGGGGACGUACGGCCCUCAAGGAUGUCGGGCUUGAAGACCACAUAAUACAGAACCAUGGGAUACCGAUGAAAGCUCGCAUGAUACACCGGACGGACGGGUCGACGUAUGAGAUACCGUACGAUGCGAGGACGAAUCAGUGCAUCUACUCGGUAGGCCGAAACUACUUGAAUGGACUCGUACUGAAAGAGACUGAAAACUACAAGAACGUCGAGAAACAUUUUAAUCACAAACUAAUUGAAGCCAAUCUACAAAAAGGUGCAUUAACAUUCCUAAACACAGACACCAAAGGUACAGUUCAAGUGAAUGCAGACCUUAUAAUCGGGGCUGAUGGUGCAUUCUCCGCUGUACGCAAGGCGAUGAUGAAGCAGCCUUUGUUUGACUACAGUCAGAAGUACAUUGAACACGGCUACCUGGAGCUCUGUAUUCCACCGACUGAAGAUGGCCAGUUUCAGAUGCCAGCGAACUACCUCCACAUCUGGCCUCGCGGCAACUUCAUGAUGAUCGCGCUGCCCAAUCAGGACUGCUCGUGGACCGUCACUCUCUUCAUGCCGUUCCAAAACUUCAAAGCCAUCGACUCUGAGGAAACUCUGUUAGACUUCUUCACCAAAUACUUCCCUGAUUCAAUACCGCUGAUUGGUCGGAAGAGAUUGGUUGAAGACUUCUUGGGAGGGUCACCGUCGCCGUUGCUUGCGGUUAAGUGCCGCCCAUACAACGUAGCCGACAAGGCUCUAAUCAUCGGAGACGCGGCUCACGCCGUGGUCCCGUUCUACGGACAAGGCAUGAACGCAGGGUUCGAAGACUGCACCCUGCUGGACCGCCUGUUCCAGUACCACCACGACGACCUGGCCAAGAUCCUGCCAGAGUUCUCGGAGACCAGGUGGCGCGACACGUUCGCGAUCAGCGACCUGGCUAUGUAUAAUUAUAUUGAGAUGCGAGACCUGGUGACCCGCCCCUCCUACCUGGUGCGUAAAGCCGUGGACGACUUCUUGUUCUGGCUGCUGCCGGGAGUGUGGGUGCCGCUCUACAACUCCGUCACAUUCACCACCAUGCCCUACAGCCAUUGCGUGAAGAACCGAGAGUGGCAGAACACGGUACUUUUAUACUUGUUCUACUUCAUCAUCUUCUGUGUUUUUGUGGGAGUGUGGUCUUACUUGAGAUAAAUAGUUAUUUAGUUGGUAAGUGAAUUGUGGUUUUACUCGUAUAGGCAUUUAUACCUUACGAUGUUUUUAAGUUGAGUAUUAUGAUGUGCAUUUAAAAUAUUUUAUAUUAUGUAACUAUUGAUGUAGUGAUAAAUAUUUAAAUGUUCUUUGUAGCUUAUAUUUAUUGCAGUGAGCAGUACAAUAUACUAUACCAAUU